GCCACUAGGGCUGAACAUCCGAACCACCCGAAUGAUGUGAAGACAUCUAAAACCUCUUUUUAUGCGCACAUCCAUCAUGAGCACAACCGAUUUGAAUGGACAACUUGCUUCAGCCCCAAGGUCGCCCAGCUCUCUCUCUUCAAGCUCGGAUGACCUCGUUGAUUCCACUCGACAAAUUGUCUCGGUAAAGCUUCGGGAGACUGACAAUGCUGGUCAAUAUCUGCUCACCGCAGAGGACGCUGGGCUCUUACGGGAGAUCCUCAAACAUAACCUUUCCUUUGAAAAGUCAGGAUCAUCUCAGAAACCACCCUUCAGGUUCCGAGACUUGGAAUUUACAAGACAACUCAGUACCUUUGACCGCCAGAGUUUGACCUUCAGUUCAUCUGAGUUUCAUGGCUUCUUUGUGCUCUUCUGGAUGGGGGUGGCCCUGAUGCUACUCAAGGUUGUGGCCAACAACUGGAGAAUACAUGGCACCAUUUGGGGCAAGAACGAGAUUAUUCGCCUCAUGUUCGCUAAGGACGUCUUCGUCCUCGGACUGACAGACUUGGUCUUAUGUUGGUCUACAAUAUUCUGUCUGGUGGUCCAGCGAGCGGUAUUCAAAGGGUACCUGCGCUGGAGUGGUUCUGGUUGGCUGAUCCAAAAUAUCUGGCAGACGACAUAUUUAGCUUCCAUUACAUGGUGGACAUAUCAUCGGGAUUGGCCAUGGACUCACACUGUCUUUACAGUGCUGCAUUGCUUGACCAUGCUGAUGAAACAGCAUAGUUAUGCUGCUUACAACGGGUACCUGUCGGAGUUGUACCGGAAACGAGAGAUGCUGAAGACAAGUCUCUCCCAGUUGAAGAAUCUAAGCAGAAACAACGAUUUUGUGGGAGAGGCGCAUACCUCUGCCGUUGAUACAGAUGUUGAUGCCGAAAUCACUGAUCUCAAAAGAAAUGAUUUCCGGCGGCGGUCCUCCAACCUCAAGAACUAUUCCCGUGCCUGCGAGACCGACCAGCUCAUAUCUCUCGUCGAAACCACCGAGCACGGGGUAUCUCUUCAACCAGAUCAGGUGAAAUCCCUGAAAGAGCUGCUAGAGCGGGAAUUCGAAGUCCUAUCCGAGGGACUACAAGGCAGGUGUUCAUUGACAUCCAAUUACUAUCCGCAGAAUUUGACGUUGAAGAACUUCUGCGACUUUAUCACAUUGCCCACGUUGGUAUAUGAGCUAGAAUACCCGCGCACAGACAAGAUUGAUUGGGUUUAUGUGGCAGAGAAGACCGCGGCCACAUUCGGCAUCAUUGUGGUCAUGAUUGCUGUCUCUCAGUCGUGGAUAUAUCCUGUGGUGAUGUCCACUGUGCGAAUGAAAGAGGAAGGGUUGACGGUGCAGCAGAGACUCCAGGAAUUCCCCUGGGUUCUGAGCGACUUACUCUUCCCUUUCAUGAUGGAGUAUCUGCUGGCAUUCUAUGUGAUUUGGGAGUGUGUUCUUAACGCUUUAGCUGAAAUCACCAUGUUUGCUGACAGGGGAUUCUAUGCAGAUUGGUGGAACUCGGUCUCUUGGGAUCAGUUUGCACGAGAUUGGAACCGCCCUGUCCAUCACUUCUUGCUCCGGCAUGUAUACCACAGCUCUAUCAGCGCCUACCGUCUGUCGCGAGUUUCUGCGAGUCUGAUCACAUUUUUCCUAUCUGCGUGUGUGCAUGAACUGAUCAUGCUGUGUAUUUUUCGACGACUUCGGGGAUAUCUGCUAAUUCUCCAAAUGUCGCAACUGCCACUUGUCUCACUCAGCCGGACUCGUAUGAUGCGAGACCGGCGGUUGGUGGGAAACAUUUUUUUUUGGCUGGGAAUCUUUACGGGACCGACUUCCUGUUGCACUGUUGGCGUCAAGCAUGAAGGCGAGGCCAAGGGCGGAUUCCAACAAAUCGGCGAUGUCGAGGUCUACAUCUCACACCCCGCAGAUCGUUCUACCCAGCGUGCUAUUCUGCUACUCACCGAUGUGAUCGGCCAUCGGUUCAUUAAUGCCCAGUUGAUUGCAGAUCAGCUGGCAGCAAAUGGCUACUUUGUCGUCAUGCCGGACCUGUUCCACGGCGAUCCGGUGCUGUUGAACCGCCCGGCUGGUUUCGAUCUGAUGGCCUGGCUGAAGGGUCCCCCUGGCCAUCUACCUAACCGCGUGGAACCCGUGAUACAGGCAGUUUUGAAGGAAAUGAAGUCCAACUUGGGCUGUAAACGAGUCGGUGCUAUCGGAUAUUGCUUCGGGGCAAAGUAUGCCGUCCGACUGCUUCAGCCUGGUCUUUGUGAUGUUGCCUAUAUUGCUCACCCCAGUUUUGUCGAGGCAGAAGAGCUCCAGGCAAUCAAGGGCCCUCUCUCUAUUGCUGCUGCGGAGACCGAUUCAAUCUUCCCGACCUCGAAGCGCCAUGAAUCUGAGGAAAUUCUGCUCAAAACCGGCCAGCCAUAUCAGAUCAACUUAUUCAGUGGUGUUGAGCAUGGUUUCGCUGUCCGUGGAGACAUCACCAAACCAACAAUCCGUUUUGCCAAGGAAGCUGCUUUCAUGCAAGCCACUGCUUGGUUUAAUCAAUAUCUCUAG